AUUGAGAUAACAACAUGUCUCUCAUUCGACAUGCAUUGCUCAUAUUUUCGAUUUUAAAAUUAUGUUCUGCCUACAAUAUUUUGGUAUUUUUUUCAAUUCCAGUAAAAAGUCAUACUAUUUUAGGAGAAGGAUACGUUAAACACUUAUUGGACGCUGGCCAUAACGUCACGUUCAUAACUCCGAUAGAAUGUAAUCUACAGCAUCCUAGACUGCGGCAGAUAGAUAUUUCGGAAAACCUAAAUUUGUAUCCCUUAUAUCUCUUUAAUGCCCAAAGUAUAAUGGCUAAAGAAUUAGAUUUAUCCGAUUUUCCUGGAAGUAUAAACUUUCAAAUUGGAUUCACGCAAGCUACUCUACUUAUGAAACCGAUUCAGAAUUUAAUAAACGAUGAAAAUGAAAAAUUCGACACUGUCGUUGUUGAAUGGAUGUACAAUGAAUUGGGAUCUGGACUAGCUGCCGUAUUCGACUGUCCACUAAUAUGGUCAUCAUCUAUGUCACCGCAUACUUUUGUAUUGUCUUUACUAGGCGAAUUCAUUAACCCAGCAUAUACUUUCCAUCUCCAUACGACAGAGAGAUUGUACAGUUUUGCCGAACGGGUACGCCAGUUAUGGAAAUCAAUGCACACUCGGUAUUAUAUCUGGUCCAUGACAGAUCAUCACGAGAAAAUAUACCAGAAUAUUUUUGGACCAGCCAUACUGAAAAGAGGGCGAAAACCACCUUCCUACGACGAAGUCAGGUAUAAUGCGUCCUUGAUGCUGGGGAAUGGGAAUGUCGUAUCCAGCGAUUCCUUCCCCUUACCAAAAAAUUACAAGGACAUUGGAGGAUAUCACAUCAUAGAUGUAGAUAAGCCAUUACCGGAGAAUUUAAAGCAAAUUAUGGAUAAGGCUGCAAAUGGAGUCAUCUAUCUGAGUUUUGGUUCAGUCUUGAGAGUAUCGAGUAUGUCCGAAAACUAUAGAAAUUCAAUUUUAGAUGUAUUAAAAAAUACAAAUCGUACCGUUAUAUGGAUAGCUGAUGUGAAUCUUCCAAAUUUACCAGAAAAUGUGCACAUGAUGAAAUGGGCACCACAACUAAGUAUUUUAGCUCAUCCGAAUUGUAUUUUGUUUAUAACCCACGCCGGUCUUCUAUCUCUCACUGAGGCGAUAUAUUUCGGCGUGCCUGUGAUUGGAGUACCAUUUUUCGCUGACCAAUUUUAUAAUAUUGACAAAGCGGCUGAAGCUGGAUUUGGUAGAAAAUGUGUACUAGAUGGUAUUUCGACUGAAAACUUGAAAAUAGCAAUAGAAGAUGUAUUAGAGAAUCCGAGGUACCUCGAACGGGCCAAACAGCUAUCAGAUACUUACCACCACCGACUAGCAUCACCAGGCAAGGAGCUAGUGUACUGGAUAGAACACGUCAUUCGUACAAACGGAGCACCACAUUUGAGAUCCAAUUCCCUGAAAGUGGAAUGGUACAAAAUUUACUAUUUGGACCUUUUGGCUGUUAUAGUCUUAGUAUUCAUAUUAAUAAUUUUAGUAUUAAAACGCAUUUUAAGUUUACUAAAUAAAAAUGAAAUAAAAUCAAAGAUUAAUUAG